AGGUUCCUUAGAAAGAGAGCUUGGACGGCAUGCAAAGUUGUGACAUAUCUGCAGACAGCACGGAUGAUCCUCUCAGUAGUGGCCUACGGGGAAAGCGACAGCCUCGAAUAGUGAUCAUUGGUGCUGGGCUUGCAGGUCUCUCAGCAGCCAAAGCGCUCCUGGAAAGCGGCUUCACGGAUGUCACUGUCCUUGAGGCGACUGAGCGCAUCGGGGGCCGCGUGCAGAGCGUGAAACUUGGGCACGCCACUUUUGAACUGGGAGCUACGUGGAUUCAUGGUUCACAUGGAAACCCGGUCUAUCAUCUAGCAGAAGACAAUGGUUUACUUGAAGAGACCACUGAUGGUGAGAGGAGCGUUGGCCGGAUCAGUCUUUACUCCAAGAAUGGGGUGGCUUAUCAUCUUACCAACAACGGGCAAAGGAUCCCGAAAGAUGUGGUUGAAGAAUUCAGUGAUUUAUACAACGAGGUCUAUAACCUGACUCAGGAGUUCUUCCAACGAGGUAAACCAGUCAAUGCUGAGAGCCAGAACAGUGUGGGUGUCUUCACACGGGACGUAGUGCGCAAGCGCGUCAAGGCCGACCCAGAUGACUCAGAGGCCAUCAAGAGGCUGAAACUAGCCAUGAUCCAGCAGUACCUUAAGGUAGAGAGUUGCGAGAGCAGCUCCCACAGCAUGGAUGAAGUGUCGCUCAGUGAAUUUGGGGAAUGGACCGAAAUCCCUGGGGCUCAUCACAUCAUUCCUUGUGGCUUCAUUAAAAUCGUGGAGCUCCUGGCCCGCUCCAUCCCUGAGUCCGUCAUUCAGCUCCGCAAGCCGGUCAAGUGCAUCCACUGGAACCAGUCGGUCAGCAAGGAGAUUGAGAGGGUGGCUGACCACAACAGUGACCUCCCCGAGGAGGACAAGGGCUCCAAUGUCUUCGUAGAGUGCGAGGACUGUGAGUUCAUCCCAGCUGACCAUGUCAUUGUGACUGUGUCCCUGGGAGUCUUGAAGAAGCGCCACGAGAGCCUGUUCCAUCCCCGCUUGCCCGAGGACAAGGUGAUGGCCAUUGAGAAACUAGGAAUCAAUACGACUGACAAGAUAUUCCUGGAGUUUGAAGAGCCUUUCUGGAGCUCUGAAUGCAACAGCAUCCAGUUUGUCUGGGAAGAUGAGGCAGAGAGUGAGAGCUUGACUUAUCCCGAGGACCUGUGGUACAAGAAGAUCUGCAGCUUCGAUGUACUCUACCCACCGGAGAGGUAUGGCCAUGUCCUGAGUGGCUGGAUCUGUGGAGAGGAGGCACUGAUCAUGGAGAAGUGUGAUGAUGAAACUGUGGCAGAAACCUGCACCGAAAUGCUACGUAAAUUCACAGGGAAUCCAAACAUUCCAAAACCUCGCCGGAUCCUGCGGUCCUCCUGGGGCAGCAAUCCCAACUUCCGAGGGUCCUACUCUUACACCCAAGUUGGGUCUAGUGGGGCUGAUGUAGAGAAACUUGCUAAACCACUGCCUUAUGCUGAAAGCUCCAAAACUACUCCAAUGCAGGUGAUGUUUUCAGGGGAGGCCACUCACAGGAAGUACUAUUCCACUACUCACGGUGCUGUGCUUUCUGGGCAGAGAGAGGCCGCUCGCCUCAUCGAGAUGUACCAGGACCUGCUGCAGUGCCGGAGCUGAAAAGCCCCCUGUUUAUGAACACCACCACCACUAACUCCCCAUCCCUUGUGCAGGUGUGUGGAGGGAUUCCUUUUUAAUUUCAGUAGAGCAGCCUUUAUCUUUUUCUAUUAAAAAAA